AUGAUGACCCAGCCGGUGAGCUCCUCUCCAUUUCUAAAAGCCUUUUACCUAAAGAUGCCACUGAGCGUGUCUCAUCCUCUUCGCCAGCGUCGCCACACACUUCCUGCCAGUGAGUUUCGCAACCUCACACCACAGGAUGCCAUCAGUGUGUUUGAGAUUGAGAGAGAAGCUUUCAUCUCAGUGUCCGGAGAGUGUCCACUUACUCUGGAUGAGGUGCUGAGCUUCAUAAGCCAGUGUCCUGAGCUCUCUAUGGGCUGGUUUGAGGAAGGACAACUGAUGGCCUUUAUCAUUGGAUCUGGGUGGGACAAGGAAAGACUGGCACAGGACGCUCUGACGCUGCAUGUGCCUGACACUUCGACUGUGCACAUCCAUGUGCUUUCUGUACAUCAGCACUGCCGUCAGCAGGGGAAAGGCUCCAUUCUUCUGUGGCGUUACCUGCAGUACCUCUGCUGCUUACCACGUUUGCGCCGAACCCUGCUUGUGUGUGAGAAGUUCCUGGUGCCCUUCUAUGAAAAGGCUGGCUUCAAAGACAAAGGGCCCUCAGCUAUCUCAGUGGGAUCUCUCCGCUUUAGAGAGAUGGAGUAUACGCUUGGAGGGCUGGCCUAUGCACGACGCAAGAGCAACUUCUAA